UAUGUUCUUGUGUUACGACUAUACCCAUGGUAGAAGCAAACAUUUGAAUGUACACCACCCCUGCCAAGAGAGACAUGCAGCGUCAUUGGUACCACGGAUGUAUCACUGCACAUACACAUGGACUUUGUACCUCAGUCACUGUUUGGAAUGGCAAGAAGCGCGACACAUGAACGGCCAUCUUACUAGCGUUGGUGGUGGCACAUACAACACCAUUGAGCAGACGGGGAUGAACGACACUGCAGCUGCUGCAGCAUCAUUCAUCGUCAUCAUCAUGCAUGGCCGCUCACAAUUUCCUUAUAGUACGCAACAAUGCGCAAUGGCGUUGCAAUGA